UCGGGGCAGUCCUGGAUGUGAACGACGAGACGCCCACCUUCUUCCCAAGGGUGUACAAUGUAUCUCUGCUGGAGAGCGUGCCCAGAGACUAUGUGGUGGCACGCCUCAACUGCUCCGACAACGAUGCCGGCCUUAACGCCGAGCUCAGCUACUUUAUCACAGAGGGUAACCAGGAUGGUAAAUUCAGCGUGACCUUUAGAGGGGGAGUGUUGCGAACCGUGGUGGCGUUGGACAGAGAGACCCAGGCUGCCUACACGCUGGUCAUCGAAGCUAUAGACAAUGGACCAGCAGGCAGCAGGAAAACCGGUACGGCCAUGGUGUAUGUAGAGGUCCUGGACGUGAACGACAACAGGCCCAUUUUCCUACAGAACAGCUAUGAGACCAGUAUACUGGAGACUGUGGCCCAAGGGACCAGCAUCCUGCAGGUGCAGGCCACAGAUGCAGACCAGGGAGAUAAUGGCAGGGUUCUCUACAGGAUCCUUUCCGGCAACAGCAACAGUCAGUUCAGCAUCAACCAGCUGACAGGCAUGAUAACACGGGGCCUCAGGAACCUGGACAGAGAGAUUAGCAGCUCCCAUGUGCUGGAGGUGGAGGCCUACAACAGUGACCAGGGCCCCAUGAGGAGCUCAGUGCGGGUGAUCGUGUAUGUGGAGGAUGCCAAUGACGAGGUGCCCGUGUUCACCCAGCAGCAGUACAAUCGUCUGGGCCUCCGAGAGACAGCGGGCAUCGGAACCUCAGUCAUUGUGGUGCGGGCUACAGACCCCGACACUGGCGACGGAGGUGCGGUGUCGUACGCCCUGGUGUCCGGUUCGGACCGUAAAUUUCAGGUGGACACAAGCACUGGGCUGCUGACCACGUUGGACUACCUGGAUUACGAGACCAAGACCAGCUACCUGAUGAACGUGUCGGCCAUCGAUCAAGCCCCACCCUUUCACCGAGGCUACUGCACCGUGUACGUUACGCUGCUCAAUGAGCUGGACGAGGCCGUUGCCUUCUUCUCCGCCGGCUACGAGGUUUCACUGCGUGAGAAUAUCGCCACAGGAACCGAGGUGGUGCAGGUGCAGGCGCAGUCAGCCGACAACCUGAACCAGCUGACCUACCGCUUUGACCCUGACACUUCACCAGCUGCCCUGGCGCUCUUCAAGAUUGACAGUGUCACUGGUCGUAUCACAGUGACAGGCUUGCUGGACAGAGAGAAGGGGGAUCUCUACACCCUGACAGUGGUGGCUGAUGACGGAGGACCCAAGAAGGACUCCACUGUGAAGGUGUCCAUCACCAUACUGGACGAGAAUGAUAACAGUCCAGAGUUUGACAUCACAUCUGAUACGUCGGUUGGCAUACUAGAGAACACGCCCAUCGGGAAUAAAGUGGCGGUGGUUCUGGGGCGGGACAAGGAUGCAGGGAACAACGGAAUGGUGAACUUUUCUCUGGUGGCAGGAAACAUGCAGGAUGUGUUUGAGAUCCGAACAGUGAACCAUACCUAUGGAGAGAUCUACGUUAACUCUGCUCUGGACAGGGAGACUGUGGACCGCUAUCUACUCAAGGUGCGAGCGACGGACAGUGGCUCCCCUUCCCGUUUCUCAGACCGCUCUCUCACCAUCAACAUCCUGGAUGUCAACGACAAUACACCCAUCAUUGAGAACCAUCGGGGCUAUAAUGUCAGCGUCAACGAGAACGUAGGUGGCGGUACAUCUGUCCUGCGCGUGGUGGCGACAGACCGUGACAUCGGCCCCAACGCCAUGCUCUUCUAUUACAUCACCUCGGGUAACCAGGACCUCACGUUCCGCAUGGACCGCAUGACUGGAGAGAUGGUUACACGACCCUCCCCGCCCGACCGUGAGCGCCAGCAGGAGUAUCGGCUAACUGUCACUGUGGAGGACGACGGCACGCCGCCACUAUCAUCAUCCACAACCAUAUACGUGCGCAUUGCGGAUGAGAACGACAAUGCCCCCAUGUUCCCGGAGGAGGAGUACGUCACCAUCCUGAGUGAGGGGCCUCUCACCGUGGGGGCCACUAUUGCUACGGUAACGGCUAUUGACCCGGAUGAGGGCCUCAACGGCACCCUGCGAUACGCCAUUGCCCAGGGCAACCUGGAUCAGACCUUCCGCAUCAAUAACAUCACUGGAUGGAUUGUGGUUGUAAAGGAGCUGGACUAUGAGAUCAGCCAUGGAAGUUAUGCCCUUGUUGUCACAGCAACGGACCAGUGUCCAAUCCCUGCCCUCCGCCUGACCUCCACCACAACGGUGCUGGUGAAUGUCCUGGAUGUGAAUGACGUGACACCCACCUUCCCCAAAGCCUACGAGGGGCCAUAUGAGGUGACGGAGGGCCAGCCCGGGCCCCGUGUAUGGACCCUGAAAGCCACCGACGGAGACUCUGGACUCAAUGGAAAAGUCGAGUAUAGCAUUACUGCUGGAGACCCCCAGAAUGAGUUCAUGGUGUCUCCGGUGGAAGGAGAGCUGCGUGUGAGGAGAGACGUGGAGUUGGACAGAGAGACAACAGCCUUCUACAACAUAACUGUCACAGCCCGUGACCUGGGCACACCCUCACGCAGCAGCACGGUGGUGGUGGGGGUCCUAGUGUUGGACAUCAAUGACAAUGACCCAGUGCUGUUGAACCUGCCCAACAACACCUUUGUGAGUGAAGGGGCAGCCAUUUACACCUCUGUGGCCAAAGUCCAAGCCCAUGACUCAGACAGUGGACGGAACGCCCUGCUCACCUACAACAUCACCGCCGGCAACCUGGACGGAACCUUCUACAUCAAUGACACUACAGGCGUGGUGCAAGUCAACAGGCCGCUGGACAGAGAAAGGGUGGACAAAUACAUAUUGACUGUCACUGUCAAAGACAACCCUGAGAACCCACGCAUCGCUCGCAGGGACUCAGACCUGCUGGUGAUCACCAUUCUGGAUGAGAAUGACAACAGGCCUGUGUUCACCAGGACCAGCUACAGGGCAGAGAUCACAGAGAACUCCCCAGCAGGCAGCACCGUGACAGUGCUGAAUGGGCCAGUUCUGGCAGAAGAUCGGGAUAUCGGACCCAACGCCGUUGUCAAAUAUCGUAUACUGGGUUCCAGACUGGACCUCUUCACAGUGGAUGCCAGCACAGGUGAGGUGCAAGUGAGACUGGGGGUGCGGUUAGACCGCGAGGCUUUCCUGGAUCCCCGGGUGGAGUUCUUCCUGGUUGCAGAGGAUGUGGGCGGGCUCAACAGCAGCGUGCCCCUUACUGUCAACAUCCUGGACCUGAAUGACAACCCCCCGAUCUUUAACCCCUCCAGCCUCACCGUACAUCUCCCAGAAAAUAGCCCUACAGGCGUGGUGGUGACUCAGCUGUCGGCCAGUGAUGCUGACUCAGGCUCUAGCGGCUGGCUGUUCUACCGACUGGACAGCGGUGCCCAGGACCGCUUCAUCGUUGACUCUCUCUCAGGCACCGUCCUUGUGGGCAACGCCACCCUCGACCGUGAGGAGCGCAGCUCCUACCGCCUCGUUGUCAUAGCAACAGACCGAGGCACACCCUCUCUGUCGGGCACGGCCACUCUAUCCGUUGUUCUGGACGACGUCAAUGAUUCGCGGCCACGUUUCCUGGAGCCGGUGACUAAUAUCAACGUUAACGAGUCUACACCACCGGGCAUGGUGGUGGCAACGCUCACUGCCACUGACCCCGACCUCCGACCCCGACUGGAGUAUUACAUUAUCUCAGUGGAAGCAAAGGAUGAUGGGAAUAACCCUGUGGGUGGUCUGCAGGAGUCCUUUGGCAUCGACUUCCACACCGGUGCCGUAUUUGUGCGUAACCCACUAAACAGAGAGCUGGUUGCCACCUUUGAGAUCAUCGUUUCAGUUCAUGACAAUGCCAGUGAUGUCAUCGAUAUGUCAGUCAGUGUGCCCAAUGCGAGGCUGACCGUGAACAUACUAGAUGUGAACGACAACGCCCCAAGGUUCCGCCCUUUCGGGGUGACCAACUUCUCAGAGAGCAUUCUGGAAGGGGCCCAGUCCGGAACCACCCUGCUGUCUGUGUCUGCCGUGGACCCAGACAAGGGCCCCAAUGGCCAGAUCAUCUAUCAGCUGCUGCACCUGCCCCGAGGGGACUACAUCAGGCUGGAGGACCCAUCCACUGGUAAGAUUGUGGCCAACCGGACUGUGGACUUUGAGCAGGUCCAGUGGCUGAACUUCACUGUGCAAGCUACAGAUCACGGAAGCCCACCUAGGUAUGUUGAGCUCCCCGUCUACCUGAGGAUAGUGGAUGUCAACGACAACAAUCCAGUCUUCAAACAGCCCUCGUACCAGAAGCCUGUGUUUGAGAACGUGGACCUGGGUACCAUCAUAGUGAGAGUGAGUGCCUCAGAUGCAGACUCUGGGCUCUUCUCUGUCAUUGAGUACAGCCUUGUGGAUGGAGAGGGCAAGUUUGGCAUAACUCCUUCCACUGGAGACAUCUAUAUCCUUUCACCACUGGACAGAGAAACUAAGGACCACUACACCCUGACAGCCAUUGCCAGGGACAACCCUGGAGGUAGCCCCAACAACCGACGGGAAAACUCAGUGCAGGUUCUGGUGACAGUCAUGGACGUGAAUGAUUUCCGCCCUCGAUUCUCCAAGGCAGUCUUCAGCACUAGCGUGUUUGAGAACGAGCCCAGCGGCACGUCAGUCAUUACUCUGAGCGCCACAGACCUGGAUGAGGGAGAGAAUGGCCUGCUCACCUACAGUCUGCAGGGGCCUGGUGCCGACGCGUUCUCUCUGGACCCAGAUUCAGGCCUGGUGCGCUCCCUGCGUCUGCUGCAAUCGUUUGAGCGUUUUAACCUGACCGUGGUGGCGACUGACCACGGCCUCCCCCCUCUCUGGGGCACUGCCGCUCUCCACAUCAUUGUCAUCGAUGUCAAUGACAACAGACCAGUCUUCGUCAGGCCCACUAAUGGCACCAUCAUGCACAUCAUGGAGGUGGGAGAGAGCGGUGUGCAUAGUCAGAGCGAUGGCAUCGUCUGCAGACCUGUUGGACCGCGUCCCCUAGUGACUGUUACCAAACAAGAGCAGCCCCCAGGCCUUCUGGUGUACGAGGUGUUUGCUACAGAUGGCGAUGAGGGUGUAAAUGGUGAGGUGCGCUACGCCUUCCUGCAGACCGGGGCUGGGAACCGGGACUGGGAGAACUUCCACAUCGAUGCUCUGACUGGGGUCAUCACCACUGCUGUCAAGCUGGACCGUGAGAAGCAGCCCUUGCACAGCCUGAUUGUGGUAGCCUAUGACCUCGGCCAGCCUGUGCCUUAUGAGACCACGCAGCCUUUGCAGGUGGCGCUGUUGGACAUUGAUGACAAUGAGCCUGUGUUCCUCAAACCCCCGAGAGGCAGUUUGCCAUACCAGACGUUGUCGGUUCCAGAGCACUCGACUCCAGGCACUGUGGUAGGUAACGUGACUGGGGCUGUGGACGCAGACGAGGGCUCCAAUGCUAUAGUCUACUACUUUAUAGCAGGGGGCGACAGCUAUAGUAACUUCGGUUUGAGUCCAGGAGGAGUUCUGAGGGUGAAGAAGGACCUGGACCGUGAGUACAUCCCCGUCUACUCCAUCAUAAUCAAAGCCUCUAGCAACAAGAACUGGGGGCCAACCCGGGCUCAAAGAUCAUCUAGGGUAGGAGAACUUGAUCCUUCCCACGACGCGACCUUGCAGGAGGUCAGGAUCUACCUGGAGGACAUCAAUGACCAGCCACCGCGCUUCACCAAGCUGGAGUACACUGCAGGUGUGGCAGCAGAUGCCAAGGUGGGCUCAGACCUGAUAAAGCUGGAUGCCAUAGACAAUGACAUUGGUAACAACAGCCUGGUGUUAUACCAUAUCCUGUCCAUACGCUACAUCAAGCUCCAGUCCAACGACACAGAGGACAUUGGGAACGUCUUCAUCAUCGGUGAGACAGAUGGUAUAAUUCGGACAUUUGACCUGUUCACGGCCUACGCCCCUGGCUACUUUGUGGUGGAGGUGUUGGCGCGUGACCUAGCAGGUCAUAGCGACAUUGCGAUGGUAGGUAUUUACAUCCUGCGGGACGACCAGCGUGUCAAGAUCGUCAUCAACGAGAUCCCAGAGAGGGUCCGCCUCUUCCAGGAAGAGUUCAUCAACCUGCUGGCCAACAUCACCGGGGCCAUUGUCAACACAGAUGACGUACAGUUCCAUGUGGACAAGAAGGGCAGAGUGAACUUUGCCCAGACAGAUGUGCUCAUCCAUGUGGUCAACAAGCAGACCAACCGUAUCCUGGACGUGGAAAGGGUGAUCCAAAUGAUUGAUGAGAACAAGGAGCAGCUGAGGAACCUCUUCAGAAAUUACAAUAUUCUGGAUGUCCAGCCUGCUGUCAGUGGGAAAGCUCCCGAUGACCUCACUACAUUGCAGAUGGCCAUCAUCAUCUUAGCUGUGUUGCUCUUCUUGGCAGCCAUGCUCUUCAUCUUCACCAACUGGUACUAUCGUACUGUGCACAAGAGGAAGCUAAAAGCCAUCGUGGCAGGAUCUACAGGAAACCAGGGACUUAUGGACAUCCUGGACAUGCCCAACACAAACAAAUACUCAUUUGAGGGGGCUAACCCGGUGUGGCUCGAUCCAUUCUGCCGGAACUUGGAGCUAGCUGCCCAAGCAGACCACGAGGAUGACCUUCCAGAGAACCUAAGUGAGAUCACUGACCUAUGGAACAGCCCUGCACGCACCCACGGCACAUUUGGCCGGGACCCGCAGGCAACCAAGCCUGAAGACGACCGCUACCUGAGGGCAGCCAUCCAGGAGUACGACAACAUCGCCAAGCUGGGCCAAAUCAUGAGGGACGGGCCCAUUAAGGGCUCACUGCUCAAGGUGGUCCUGGACGACUACCUGAGGCUCAAAAAGCUCUUUGCAGCCAGACUGGUCACCAAGUCUACCAGUCAGGGAGACCACUCGUCAAUCACAGAGCUGAUCCAGAGCGACCUGGACGAUGACGAGGACGAGCGUCUGGGCAUGGGUGUUGGCCACGGCACGUUGCGCUUCAAACACAAGCUCCCUGUGGAGCUGCAGGGUCAGGAUGGCGUGCACGUGGUCCAUGGCAGCACAGGCACGCUCCUGACCUCCGACCUCAACAGCCUGCCAGAGGAUGACCAGCGGGCCCUUGCGCGUUCUUUGGAGGCACUGAACGGGGAUGGGGGCCUGAAUGCUGAGCGCAACGCCCGCACAGAGUCAGCAAAGUCAACGCCACUCCACCGCAAAAAGGGUAGCGACACGCUGACCGAGAAUCCCCUGGAGGUCACUGAGUUAUGACUAGCCGAGGCCUCGCUAGUCUGAGCAGAGCUGGGGUGCGUGUCCUCCUAGAUACCCCUCCCAGCCAGGAGAGGAGGCAGUCUUGCCUGGGCAUGGGAAGGGGGGGAGUGUGUGCAGUCUGAAAGACUUCCAGAGCCAAUCUGGACACCAUCUGGCAGUGAAGUCUACAAGUUAACACACUGGAUGGGGUUUUACUUGGUGGACUGAAUACAUAUUUAAAUAAAUCUAAUCAGUUGGAAUUUAAAGUUUUAUUAGUGGAUCAUGGUGACAAGUACACAAUGGGCCUGUCUUGUUUAUGCUGUUUGAGGACACUUUUUAGUCUCAUUGAGAGACAUCCAGAUGGAGAGAUCCUAAGCCCCCCCUUACUUUUCUGAAUGACAGAUCUGGAUCUUGUGACUUGUGUUCUUUGUUUUCUCUCAUUUGGAGUUUCACCUAGACUGCAUACACACGCACCCGAAAAGGUCAGACCGGCAAAUGGCCACUAACUGGACACUAGGAAAAUAUUAAAUUCAAUAAUUGUUUUCUUGUCCCCCUGAUGAGGGAAGGGCAUUCAAUGUAAGGGGGGGGGGGGGGGGUGUAUUGUCUUUGAAAUCUUGAGAGUUCAGUGGUAAAAAAAAAGAGAACAUUGACUGAAGGUGUCAAUGACUGAAGGUGAAGUAAAUAGAUCACAGGACAAGUCUCCUCCAUGAUCUUCGCAAACAAGAACUUAAAGCCUGUCUUAAGAUGUGAUCAUCUAAAAAGGCACUGGCAAAAUUGCUGGUGUUGUGCAGUGACUUUAGCCCUAUAGAGGCCACAUCAGUCUGCUCCUGGAGGCCAAGCACUCAAUCGCUUAGAGGGAACAGACCAAUCAGAGGAAGUGACCACUCACUGUUUUCUUGGAGAUCCUUCAGUAGGACUUUGUGCACGGAUGAGCUUCUGUCCCAAACACACUAGAGACCCAGUGCAUCAACACUGUUUUUACUCUUAAAGGCAGGGUAGGUUAUGUUGCUGAGAAUCACUUUUUGUCAUAUUUGCUGAAAUAAACUGCGCAUCCUAAUAACAACCAAUAAAUGUAAAGGUUUGACAGUAAAAUGAAAGCCGUCCGAUAUCUGUGGGCAUCGCAAGACUAAUAAACAUGAAUCAUUAAGGUCGGACCGGCUCUACUGUUUGGACGGCAUUCGGACCAAAUGCAAUGAUUGUCUGUCUAUCUACCUACCUGUUCAUGUGUUUUGGAGGAGUGGCUUUUAAGGGAAGGGGUGGGAUACUUUGGUUUGAAUCCUUUCAAACUCAAGCUAAAACUGCUAGGUUCGCAGAAAAAAUUGCCUAUCCUGCCUUUAAGUCUUCACAGUUUAAGGGAAAUAUGCGAGACUUAUUGAUGUUGAAAAUAUGGAAGUGGGGAAAUGGUCCUCAAAUAAAAAAAUAAAAACUAUAAAAAGAGUAUAAUAGUAAAAAAUAUACAAGAUGGCAUUGUUCCCAUAACUUCAUACAUUGACUUCUGAUAGAAAAGGUACAUGGGCAAAGCAAGCCACAGUUGCUUUAUUUUUUUAUUUAAUGAGAAGAAAAAAUCUAAAUGUGAAAAUCUAAAAUGUAAUUCAUAGGAAGAAUAUUUUUGAAGAAAAAUGCUAACUUACCGAAAUAGGUAAAGAGCAAAUGGGUGUUUGGCGUAAGUGCACAUUUGUUGUCCUUUUUUCUUUUUGUAAUCAACUGUUUUGGAAAUCUGACUGUUGUGUUUUUAGCAUAUUUUUAUAUUACAUUUUGCAAGUUUUAUUUUUUGUCAUUGUCACCAGGCCUGAGACACUUGUUGCGAAAUGUUGUUUGAUGAUCUGUGAUAAUAAAAUAUGCAACGGCC